CGUAACACCUUUGCUUCCGGAAAGGGGUUGGGUUUAAAGGAGCCGAAUUUCCUGUCAUGUCGUUUGAACAGAAAGUAAGCGCUGAAAUGACAGUUGAGGAAAAUGUAACAAUAACUUGUUAAUGGCAAGGCAAGCCUGGCUGGAUUCUUCCCUGCGGCGCUCAGGCAGACUGGGCUUGGAAGUGCUGGAACGAGCCUCCAGGCGCAGCGUCGACUGGACAAGCACGGCUGCAUCCCAGACCCCCUCAUCUGAAGAUGAUUUUGUAGCUGCAAAGAGAAAACAUGACGUUCAUGAUGCCUUUACAACUAUUGCAGACUUCAUGGCAAAGACGAGCUUUCAUUGCAAGAGGUUUUAUGAGUCUGGCAGCUGCACCGAGCCCAGCGAUGCUGAAAAGAACCACAUUUCCAGGUUCCACACACGACCAGGAGCUGGGCCAACAUCUGCACUGCCGAGAAGGAAAAGUGCCUCUGUCUCUGCGACGGGUGAAGACUUUUACAUUGAGGUGUCACCUGGAACGUACGCUAUCACUGCCAGUUUGCCUGAUUCACAGCGACAGACUAAGCUGGUCAGCAUUAAACCCGGCGAGAGCGUCGAUCUCACGUUUAACCUCUAGGUGAUCCAACCUAGCAGCCCUGCGCUUCAAUAACAAAGCUGACCUAGCUAAACUGCACGUGUGCCUCCUGCCUUUUUUUUUUCUUUUAUCCAGACGUCUGCUUUCAAAUUUUUCACUUGAAAUGUAUCUAUUUUUUGAUUAUGGAAAAACAGUAUUAAUGGAUCUUUGAUAUAUUAAUUUUAUUUGAAUAUUAGAUUUUUUUUUGACCAGACAUCAUGUAAGCAUUUACAGAUUUUAUAAUCAGUGACUCUACAGGAGUAUUUUACAAUAAAGUGUAUAUUUUUUAUUACUUUCUAGGUUUUUGACUAAGAUAAGAAACUUGUUGCUUAUUCCACAUCCAGUAAUACAUUUGGUGGAUUUUUUUUUAAAUCGUUUUACCAGGUGGGAUCAUACAGGGAGAGAUUUCUAUGGCCACAAUCUCUCUACAUGGUUUAGAGUCUGGGGUUAGUGAGUGGCCAUUUCAGUACCAAGUCCUCUACGUGUAUGGAAUGACUUUUGUUCUCUUAUUGUUGCAAGCAACAAACUCAUAUUUAGAUUUCAUUUAAUAUGUUUUUCUAAUUUUAAUAUUCAAACUUUAUAUUUUUUACAUAUUUUAUGUUGCUUAGCUUUUUUUUUUUAGUUGUACAGGUUGCAUUCUUGUCAAAUCGUGUUUCCCAGAUCAGAUUCUUUUCUCUUUAAACCCCAUUCAAGCACUCAGCAAAUAGAAACAUUGGUAACGUCCACGGAGAUGAAUAAAAAUGCAUCUUUGCUUCUCAGUUCAAAGGAAGACUCGCCCCUGAGAAUUGAAGAAAAUGCAACUUGAAAAGAAUGAGAUUUUUAAAAAUCUAAAAAAAAAAUUGAAAUACGUGAAUCUAUGUAAACCUCAAAGCUGCUCUUGAGCUGCUUUGUUUUAUUUGCAAGUUUUUCAAAGUUUAAUUUCUGUAUUACGUUCAUUUAGUUUUUUCAAAAAGUUUCCAUUCGGAGAAUGUCUUCUUUACCCGCAGAAAUAAUGAAACAAAGUUCUCUCUAUAUUACACAGAAAGUACACAAAGUACAUUGCAAUGGCAUAAAGGUAAUUAAAUGAUUAAUGAAUGUAGGUCAAUUAAUAGAUUACAAAUGGAUAAUUAUAAAUAAAUUGAAAAAAAUAAAAUGAUCACCUAAAAACAUAAACUAUGAAUCAUAGAUGAAACAUUAAGAAAAAGAAAAGUUAAAGUCCAUAUGACCUAUUUUUCUGUUUUCCAGCUAAAAGCUAGAGCUAUUUUUUAUUAAAAAGUCCUGGUAGAUGUCAAUAGCUAUGUUUCCAUUAAUUAUCCAAUUGUAAUUACAAAGAUAAUGGAAACUGCAAUAAAAAAGAAACUCAAGUUUUUCCACAACAAGUUUUUACACUUUGAUGGGGUGGUUUUUCGAUACCAUUGAAGUUAUUAUAUUUCACAAAACUGUAAUUGACAGAAGUUAACCACAGCUCUAUUUUAGGUCUUUAAAGAGUGGCCCCAGACUCUCCUCCAGUUUAUUCCAAAGCAACGCCCUGUCAGGCUGCGGUCUACACAAUCUGUAAGCACACAGGACAAACCCCCGAGUCUCCCUAUUUCUAACAUAAACACAAAUGGUUUUCUGUAGCCAACAAGCAAUGGUGGACAACCACAGAGAGAUAAAACCGGAGUUUUGGCAGCAGGAUACCACAACUAUACACACAAUGAGCAGGAAAUUAAAACUAAAAUUCCUCUUUUAGAAGAAAUGGACGAAAAGCACAAGAGCAGGUGCUAUAAUAUGGCUAUAUUUCAUAAAAAGGGUGUGUUUGAUUUUAAAGGCUGCGUCCUCCAAGGGCUGGAUCCUUCAAGGUCAAUGAAAAUAAGGAGAGGAAACUUCUGGCUGUGGAUUCAAACAGGUCUAGCCUUCGGCGCCUUUCACUGCCCAUACGCUCUGUCUCCUUGUAACCGUGAGAGUUGAAACACAAAACAGGAAAUGAAUGAAUAACAAACUUCUCAAAACUGUUUCUUUUUAUUUAUUCAUUUGCUUUACAUUUUGGAGGAGCUUCAGCAGCUGUACUGUAUUCGAUUUAUAGUCCCCACACUACAGAUAUGUUUACUGUUAUAAUGUAAACUGGAAAAUUCCCUCACAGAAUUGUUGCCACAAUUAAAUGGCCAAGCUCCAUCUUAUAUCAGAGAUAUUAACAUUCCUUAUGUUCCUAACAGAGCACUUCGCUUUCAAUCUGCAGGUUUACUAGUGGUUCCUAGAAUUUCCAAAAGUAGAAUG